UCCAAAUUAGAGAGACUAAGUAACUCAAGAAAGAUUGAAGUUAACACAAAAAACACAAUGAUGAUCCUAAGGCUGGCUCUAGCGGCUGUCAUCUCUGCCUACGCAGCCGCACAACCAGCCUCAACGUCGUCGUCGCUUGUAACUUAUAUAUUCGGCGACUCUCUAACCGAAGUUGGUAACAACAAUUAUUUGCAAUAUUCCCUAGCGAGAGCAGACUUUCCAUAUUAUGGGAUUGAUUUCUCUGGUGGUAAAACUACCGGAAGAUUUACCAACGGUCGGACUAUUGGCGAUAUCAUAUCUACAAAGCUUGGGAUUCCAUCGCCACCACCAUAUCUAUCAUUAUCACAAAACGAUGACGCAUAUCUCAGUGGUAUCAAUUACGCAUCUGGAGGAGCUGGAAUUCUCAAUGAAACUGGCAUUUACUUCAUUCAAAGGCUGACGUUCGAUGAUCAAAUAAAUUGUUUCAAGAAAACUAAAGAAGUUAUUAGGGCGAAAAUCGGAGAUCGAGCUGCAAGCAAGCAUGUCAAUGAUGCCAUGUACUUCAUUGGUUUGGGAAGCAACGAUUAUGUAAACAAUUUCUUGCAGCCAUUUAUGGCAGAUGGGCAACAAUAUACACACGAUGAGUUUGUCGAACUUUUGAGCUCAACCCUACACAACCAGCUUACGACAAUAUACAAAUUAGGAGCGAGGAAGGGUUUAAGAUAG